ACGUGAGAAGAGCCCGCUGGCAGGAGGAAAGGUGUGUCCAACUUCAAACUAACUUCACCGGAGGACGAGGAGCUCAGGCGAGAGGAGGGGAACGGGUCUGAGUCCGACAGCGGUGAGUCCAGCCUCCCUUUGUUGGGAAACAGUAAAGAGGAAAACGGGAAGCCAGGAUGUCUUUACAAAAGCUCCCAGGCUCUUUUGGAGCCAUGUUCCCGGGGUUCUCUCUGCCCAUUAAAGCGGAGCGCAGUCGGAAUAAGGAGCGGCUCGAGGCCAGCUUGGCCGGCCUGUGUGAGCUGGAGCUGCUCAAACAGAGGCAGGAAUGCCGGGUGCUGAGCGCUCUCUGCCUCGGGGACUCUCCGGCUCCCCGCCGUCCGCCUUGGGGAGCUCUACGCUCGGCACGCUGCGCCCUGGACGCAUCAAACGGAGAGGCGUCGGAUGUCCACAGCCUCAGGCUCCAAACUUGCAGUCUCCAGUGCACGCCCUGGGGUAUAAAGACAUCUUUAGAACAGCAGGUGGCAGAGCUCAAGGCGAACACUAAGGUCCAAUCAACAGAUUCCCCAGAUCUAAAGGACAGCCAACUCAUUUCAGGAGAGGUUCUUGUAGCCGGGAAAAGUGGAUCCCCUGAAUCAGAUGACCGUUGUUCCAUCUCAGCACCUGAAGAGACAGGGGAGACAGAGACAGGAGAUGCAUGGCUGUCAGACCCAACAAGAUGGGCUACGGUUACUGAUGCUUUGGGUGAGAUGAGAGAUGUUGACCUCCGUCAGGAAGAAGAUCCACAAGCCCAAAAGCUUGAAACUUAUAUAUUUGGAUUGAUCCAACGUCGUGCUCUACCCACACGCUCCUCAAAGCCCCGCACCAGCCUGGCGCAUGAGGCCCGAGCUGUCAAUGUGGUGAGGCAGAGUAGUUUAUGCCACAAGGCAGAGCCACGUUCUCCUAAGCAGGUGUCUGUUCAAGAGAUCUCUGCUCCGUCCCAGUGUUCAGAGGGUAUUGCUCCACAGGCUUGCCAUAACCUCGAUCAGGAGCCUUACCUGGCGUCAGGUUUUACUGAAGAUGUCCUACACCAGUACCACCACAAUCUCCAGCAAGGUAUGCAGCAUCAACCAGGGCUAUAUUGCAGGCCCAGGCAGGCUCCCAUGAUUAACACCUCCUGCUCAACAUUGCUGGACUAUCCAUCUUGCAGAGUGCUGCAAGCCCACCCAGACUCUAGCAAUAGUGAGCCUGAUUCACCCCAACGUUUCCACAACUACCCUUCCCCUCCAGCUAUGUCAAAACCUCAUCAACCACUUACAAUUGAUGAGCAGCUGGUCAACGCAGAGUACAUUCCAGCCCAGCCUUGCCGAGCCUCCACCAGAGCUUAUGCCCAUCACCACUCCAACCCCCACAAGGGGUCUGGGGUGCCCAAACCCAACCGAAGCACCUAUUCUCCGGAAAGAAGCCAUCAUCAAGAGCAGCAGCCCGCAGCAUCUCAGAUCCAACCCUCCAGAUCCCGGGGGGGCCCAAAGAAGUGUCGCUCAAAUGAAGACAAAAAUGGUGCUGGCAGGAAACCAGGGAAGAAGGCAUGUAGGUCUCAGUCUGAGAACAGCUUGCAAAGGGUUCCAGAACGCAAGUACAAUACAGUAGAGAGGGAUGGUGGAGGAAGUGGAAGCGGUGGAAGGGGAAGCCGCAGUAGUCAGUCCAGGAGCAAGAAACAGCACCAAGGUGGAAGCUGUCGCCGCUGGCAGUCCACCCUGGAGCUCAGUCCAGACGAGGCCGACCAGCCACCUAUGCUCGUACCCGUGCAAGGCUCUUCAGCUUCAAAUCAAAGGGACAGUUGUGCGAGGCGCACACGCAAAUCUCGCCCUACACAUGCAUCAUAUGCCUAUCAACACCAGUCCCAACAUCAUCAGCACAUGGAGUACCAGUUAGAAAGGGACCAAGUACCACUGCGUCAGCCUAGUGAGGACUACCCUCACCCACGUCUGGGUGAGUCUGAGUCCAGCAUGAGCGAGGCUGACUCUCCAGAUUCCAGCUCUUUGUCCAGUGAUUCAGAUGAGAGUGGUGGUCUGGUUUGGCCCCAACAACUACCCCCACAACUUUCCCUUCCAUCACCUUCUGCCCCACCUGGGGCACCUCUGCAGCCCAAGGCUUUCAUUAAGAUUAAGGCUUCACAUGCCCUUAAGAAAAAGAUCCUACGCUUUCGCACUGGUUCACUGAAAGUAAUGACCACUGUAUAAAGUGGAACACUGGCCAACCUGAAAGAACAUAAUCUGCAGAGCUUUGAUAUAUCAUGGACUACGAACUCUAGAGAAUAUAAAAAUCACUUUGUAUAUUAAAGUUCUAUGAUCUUGGUCUUCUGAAUGGAUUGGAUGGUUUUAGAAUAGCAUAACAAGCAAUGAAGGGGCCUGUUUUUUAGGAUCUCCGGAUACAAAGUAAAUGAUUCAAAAUCAUCACUAAUGCUGCUUAACGGAAAUGAAAUACAAUAUAUAAACCAAUACUUAUUUACUUUCAAGCUCUCAUCUAACUUACAUAGUUGGGCAUCAACAAUAACAAUAACACCUCAUUUACAAACUAUAGCACCGACAAACUAUGAAGUAAUAAUAAACUCAGUACAUAAAUCUAUAGAAAGGUGGUAUACUUUACCUAUAGCCAUGAUAGGGACAAUAUACAAAAUUAACAUAUUGUCUAAAUUCAUGUAUUUAUAUCAAAGUAUCCCUCUCACGCCACAUGCAGAAAUGAUUAAUAAACUCUCAGCGCUCUUAAAGGAAAUUAGUAUUAAAAACAGAAAUGCAAUCUGCUUAUCUCUGCUGUAUUUUCCAUUUGAUCCUGGGGGGCUGAAAUAUUUAAAUCUUUAUUGGUACUAUUUAACAACACAAUUGAGAACUAUAAUCUAUAUUUCUUCUGGAGAUGCUCCUUCAUGGAUGGACAUGGAAUCAUGCUCCUUUAAGGUACCAUUGCAUAUGUACCUGUAUUCAGCUAAGCCUAACUAC